AUGCUGCGCGCCUUGGUGGCGGUGUCCCUGUGGCUGCGGGUGAGCCCGCGGGCGCAGGGCGCGCCGUGCGAGGCGGUGCGCAUCCCCAUGUGCCGCUCCAUGCCCUGGAACAUCACCCGCAUGCCCAACCACCUCCACCACAGCACCCAGGAAAACGCCGUCCUCGCCAUCGAGCAGUACGAGGAGCUGGUGGGCACCGGCUGCAGCCCGGUCCUCCCCUUCUUCCUCUGCGCCAUGUACGCCCCCAUCUGCACCCUGGAGUUCCUCUACGACCCCAUCAAGCCGUGCCGCUCCGUCUGCCAGCGCGCCCGCGACGGCUGCGAGCCCAUCAUGCGCCGCUACAACCACAGCUGGCCCGAGAGCCUCGCCUGCGACGACCUCCCCGUCUACGACCGCGGCGUCUGCAUCUCCCCCGAGGCCAUCGUCACCGACCUGCCGGAGGAUGUGAAGUGGACGGACUUCACGCAGGGCGUGCUGGUGCCGGAGAGACCCCCGGAGCCCGACUGCAGGAGCCGCGGACAGGAGCGAUGCAGGUGCAAAAAGACAAAGCCUACGUUGUCGACCUACCUGGCCAAGAACUACAGCUACAUCAUUCACGCUAAAGUAAAAAGCAUAGAAAGAGGGAGCUGCAACGAGAUAACCACGGUGGUUGAAGUCAAAGACAUACUCAAGUCUUCGACGCCAAUUCCUCUGUCUCAAGUGCCUCUUCUUACAAAUUCCUCCUGCCAGUGUCCACCUCUUCAACCGAAGCAGGAUCUUCUCAUCAUGUGCUAUGAAUGGCGCUCAAGGUUGAUGCUGCUUGAUGGAUGUCUAGUUGAAAAAUGGAAGGAUCAACUAAACAAAAGAUUUAAGAGGUGGGAACAGAGACUGCAAGAACAAAAGCUGCGAACGGCCCGUAGUAAGAACCAGAAUGCAGGACGCAGUGGUCGAAGUGGAGCCCCAAAGCCAUCAACCAAGAACACCAACCCGCUGGUCAGUGGCCCCAAAAAGGCCAUUAAAAUAAGAAAUGGCCAGAAAGAAAUCAACCCUAAAAAAGUGUGA